UCGUCCUGUGUCGCGUCACACCAUGGGCACCUGAGGAGCCCCGCCGUGACGGAAAAAUGAGUGGUGGGUUGGCACCAAGCAAAAGCACAGUGUAUGUGUCCAAUUUACCCUUCGCUUUGACAAACAAUGAUCUAUACAGGAUAUUUUCCAAGUAUGGGAAAGUUGUCAAAGUUACUAUUAUGAAAGACAAAGACACCAGGAAGAGCAAAGGAGUCGCCUUUAUUUUGUUUUUGGAUAAAGAAUCUGCACAAAACUGUUCUCGGGCACUUAAUAACAAACAGUUGUUUGGAAGAGUAAUAAAAGCAAGUAUUGCCAUUGAUAAUGGAAGAGCAGCAGAAUUCAUUCGCAGGCGUAACUACUUUGAUAAAUCUAAGUGCUAUGAAUGUGGGGAAGCAGGCCACUUAAGUUAUGCUUGUCCUAAAAAUAUGCUAGGAGAGCGAGAGCCACCAAAGAAAAAAGAAAAGAAGAAGAGAAAGAAAAUAGCUGAGCCAGAAGAAAUUGAGGAGGAAGAAGAAAGUGAAGAGGAAGGAGAAGACCCUGCUCUAGAUAGCCUCAGCCAAGCCAUAGCUUUUCAGCAAGCCAAAAUUGAGGAAGAACAACAAAGAUGGACACAGACUGCAGGGGAAUCCUCAAUUGCAGAUGAUUCCAAGCGUCCACGGAUAAAGAAAAGUGCUUAUUUCAGUGAUGAGGAAGAACUUAGUGAUUGAAAUAAUACUGAUGUAUAUGCAUAUAUAAUUUAUAUAGUGUACAUUCUGUAAAGUGCUACAAAAUUAUCUGUAAUACAGAUUUGUUGAAGAUACUUAGAAAUCGUGUUGUAGUUCUACUCUGUCCCGUGAACCUUCAAUAUUUUGAUAUCUCUCUCUCUCAAAAUUUCUUUCAAGGCAGCUUCUUAAGAAAAUUACAUAUUUCUACACUUGAAUCCAGAGAAAUAUCUGUGAGUGAAAUCUUCCAUAAGAGAGUUUCCCAAGUUGUUUUUUGUAAGAGGAGUUCCUCUUGGCAUCACUGUUAGCAUCACUUACGUUAGCAUCACAUUGGUCCGUUUAUUGCCUGUUUGGAAGCAAUGUUUCGGUAGUCCUGUAGUAGCAUAUGAAUUUUUUCACUGAUUCUUCUGCAUAGGGUUGACUUUGAACCUUUAUCGUUGUACUAAUAUUUUAAGUCUUCAUA